CUCCUCCCACGCACGUUCUAGCGACGCGUCUAGCGACCGCUGAAACCCACCUCAAACCCUUUGGGGCUGGGUGAGGGUGGUUUGUAUUGCCCCAUGUUUAGCUUGCAGCUCUCGCUACUGCAGGUGUUCUUCUUGAUGGUCCCCGAGAGGGUCCUUUCUCAGCCCUCUCCGUCUCCGUCUAGGGCAAUGCCCACCCAUUCGGACCUGGGGCCAAGGACGCAGGGCGGGACCCUUCAAUCCUCGGAAGUGCCUGGGAUAUCUACGGUGGGUCCUACUGUCGUAACCUCCUCGACACCGGGGAAUAAGACCGUGAACCUCUUCCCAGACCUACCGAUCUGUGUCUGUGACUUGACUCCCGGUGCCUGCGAUAUAAAUUGCUGCUGCGACAGUGACUGCUAUCUUCUCCAUCCGAGGACAGUUUUCUCCUUCUGCCUUCCAGGCAGCGUGAGGUCUUCAAGUUGGGUGUGCGUAGACAACUCUCUUAUCUUCAGGAGUAAUUCCCCAUUUCCUUCAAGAGUUUUCAUGGAUUCAAAUGGAAUCAAGCAGUUUUGUGUCCAUGUGAACAAUUCAAGAUUAAACUAUCUCCAGAAGCUCCAAAAGGUCAAUGCAACCAACUUCCAGGCCCUGGCUACAGAGUUUGGAGGUGAAUCAUUCACUUCAACAUCCCAAACCCAAUCACCACCACCUUUCUACAGGGCUGGUGACCCCAUUCUGACUUACUUCCCCAAGUGGUCUGUAAUAAGCUUGCUGAAGCAGCCUGCAGGAGUCGGAGCUGGGGGGCUCUGUGCUGAGAGCAAUCCUGCAGGUUUCCUGGAGAGUAAAAGUACAACCUGUGCUCGUUUCUUCAAGAAUCUGGCAGAUAGCUGUACCUCGGAUCCUGCCCUCAAUGCUGCCUCUUACUAUAAUUUCACAGUCUUGAAGGUUCCAAGAGGUAUGAGUGAUCUGCAGAACAUGGAGUUCCAGGUGCCUGUAACACCUGUCUCACAGGCUGGCUCUCCUGUGUUGGCUGGAAACACUUGUCAGAAUGUUGUUUCCCAGGUCAUCUAUGAGAUAGAGACCAAUGGGACUUUUGGAAUCCAGAAAGUCUCUGUCAGUUUUGGACAAAUGAACCUGACUGUUGAGCCAGGCACUUCAUUACAGCAAGAUUUCAUCAUUCACUUCAGGGCUUUCCAGCAGAGCACAGCUGCUUCUCUUACUGGGUCUAGAAGUGGGAAUCCUGGCUAUAUUGUUGGAAAGCCACUCCUGGUUCUAACUGGUGAUAUAAGACACUCAAUGACCCUCUUACAGAGCCAGGGUGAUGGAACUUGCUCUAUUAAGAGACACGAAGUACAAUUUGGAGUGAAUGCAAUAUCUGGAUGCAAGCUCAGGCUGAAAAGGGUGGACUGCAGCCACUUGCAGCAGGAGAUUUAUCAGACUCUUCAUGGAAGUCCCAGACCAGAGCACAUUGCCAUCUUUGGAAAUGCUGACCCAGCCCAGAAGGGAGAGUGGACCAGGAUCCUCAGCAGGAACUACAGUGUUUCAUAUUUCCAUUUUAGAAUAUUACCUUUUCAUGGACAGUAAUAACCUCAGAUAUGCAGAUGACACCACCCUUUUGGCAGAAAGCGAAGAGGAACUAAAGAGGCUCUUGAUGAAAGUGAAAGAGGAGAGUGAAAAAGCUGGCUUAAAACUCAACAUUCAGAAAACUAAGAUCAUGGCAUCCAGUCCCAUCACUUCAUGGUAAAUAGAUGGGAAGACAAUGGAAACAGUGAGAGACUUUAUUUUGGGGGCUCCAAAAUCACUGCAGAUGGUGACUGCAGCCAUGAAAUUAAGACACUUGCUCCUUGGAAGAAAAGCUAUGACCAACCUAGACAGCAUACUAAAAAGCAGAGACAUUACUUUAUCAACAAAGGUCUGGCUAGUCAGAGCUAUGGUUUUUCCAGUGGUCAUGUAUGGAUAUGAGAGAUGGACCAUAAAGAAAGCUGAGUGCCAAAGAAUUGAUGCUUUUGAACUGUGGUGUUGGAGAAGACUCUUGAGAGUCCUUUGGACUGCAAGGAGAUCUAACCAGUCCAUCCUAAAGGAAAUCAGUCCUGAAUAUUCAUUGGAAGGACUGAUGCUGAAGCUGAAACUCCAAUACUUUGGCCACUUGAUGCGAAGAACUGACUCAUUGGAAAAAGACCCUGAUGCUGGAAAAGACUGAAGGUGGGAGGAGAAGGGAACGACAAGAGGAUGAGAUGGUUGGAUGGUAUCACCGACUUGAUGGACAUGAAUUUGAGCAAGCUCCAGGAUAUGGUGAUGGACAGGGAAGCCUGGCGUGCUGCAGUCCAUGGGGUCGCAAAGAGUCGGACAUGACUGAGCAACUGAACUGAACAAUAAUACGACCUCUUAUGAACUUUUGUGUCCUUUCCCUAAGCCACAUUGUCUUCUCUGUUAUUGUGUAAUGUUUAAGAAACAACAGCUACUUAAUGCAUGGUAAAUAUUAAUAACUAUAGGCAACCAUCAGCUAUUACAUCAAGUGCCUCUUUACUGUCCUGCAGGCUAUGCACUGUACUUCCUGUUUUUGUGUCAUACCAGUUUCCCUGGAGAUCCAGAUACUGUGGGCACAUGUAGGCCUCCAAUCCAACCCACAAGCUCAUGUGUCAGCAGCCCGAUUUCUAUACCAAUUCCAGUCCAUA